AUGGUUUCCGACACUGUUACGGCGUUCGUCGACCCCUUUGCGCAGCUUUUUGCGCACAGCUUGCGCUCGCCCAUUUUGCGCUAUCCUUCUGAGGAAGGACUAGAGUUCGAGGAAGUCUGGUUCCCGUCUCUUGAUGGCGUGGUCCUUGAAGGCUGGUUUAUUCCCUGCAAGGGUUCAGAUAAACUCAUCAUUGCCAAUCACCCGAUGCCUUGCAAUCGCUACGGCUAUGCUGGCCAUCUACCUGGAUUCACCCUAUUCGGCGGCUUCGAGUGCAGCUUCAUCAAGGAUUACAAGCAUUUGCACGAUUCCGGAUACAACGUACUCUGCUACGAUCUGCGUAACCACGGACGCAGUGGUACCGGAUCAGGCGGAGUUGUCGGCUGUGGCCAACUGGAGUGCCGCGAUGUGGUCGGUUCCAUCUUAUAUGCUCGCUCCCGUCCGGAUACAAAGGGCAUGGCAAUUGGGCUACUCAGCCGUUGCCUUGGAGCCAACUCGACCAUCAUUGCCAUCUCGAGGUAUCCGCAAUAUUUCACUGAUAUCAAAGCCCUUCUCGCCCUGCAGCCAGUGUCAGCCCGAGCUUUCAUUGGUAAAGGAGCUGAGAAUGCUGGUGUUGAUAAAGAGGAGGCAUUGAAGGAAUUUGACACCAACAUCUUCCAUCGCACUGGUUUACAUCUCGACGAAUUAUCCCCCAUCCCACAUGCCAAAGACGUCAAGAUACCCACACUUGUUGCACAGGUACAUCGAGACUUGUCCACAUAUCCCGAAGACGUUCAGGAAAUCUAUGAUAAGCUUGGGGCUAAAGAGAAGGAGUUGUUCUGGAUUGAAGGGACUACUAGGCGGUUUGACGGCUACAAUUACUUUGGCUCUCAUCCAGAGAGAAUGCUUGGUUGGUUCAAGAAGCACUUUUAG